GAAUUUCGAAUUCGAAAGGACGUUGAAUUUUGGACAAGGAUACGUACGCAAUAAAUGGAAGAUAUUACUGGAAUACAUAUUUCAAGUUUUCAAACAAUCAUCGAAAACUACGAAUCACUAAUUAAAGAACUAAACAACGAUCUUGAUUUCUUUAAGAAUGAACAUGAAAGCCUGAAAAUAAAAAUUUCCAUUAUCCUCGACGAGAAUAAAAGGCUGAAUCAAGAAUUAAAACAAUCGUUCUCCCUCAAGGAAAAUGAAAUUUCACUAUAUCAUGAUCACACUGACCUCACUACAAACUUAAAACAACAAGUUCAAAAGUUAUUAGACGAGAAAGAAUGCACAACGAAAUUGUGGCAGAAUUCAUUGAGAACGAUCGACUUUUUGGAAGGUGAACUAAAGGUUUUCCAAGCUGGAACUCAAGGAUUUGUUCCGAAAAAAGAUGUCGUUAAACUAAAACAAGACUAUGAAGAAAAAUUGAACCAAAUUGAAAGCAAACUGAGUGCUACACAGAGGAAACUAGAAGCAAUCCAAAAAAGUUGUACGCAAGAACUGGGAGCCAAACAUUUGGAAAUAGAUAAAUCCUUGGAAACUCAAGCAGGGGCCUUUAAAAUAGUCAAAAACUUGGAAGAGGAGGUUUUAAAUUUACAAAAACGUCUUCAGGAGUCGGAAAAGAUAAGGUUGAAGCUAGAAAAGAAUAUCAAGGAAAAGGAAGAACUUGUAGAUAGUGUUAAUCAAAACAAUGUUGAAUGCAGAGAGAAAGUUAGAGAAGCUGUGCUGGUGGUCACAGCUGCUUUGAACGAAAAAGAUGCCGCACUUCUUCGAGAGAAGGAAGCUAAGGACGAAACGCAAAAACUGAAUGAAACACUUCAAGAUAUCGUUCGAGAAACGGAAAACAAAAUCAAGAACGAAGUUAAUAAACUUAAAAUAGAACACAAUUUCAAACAAGAGCAGUUGCUAAAAGAUCUGAAGGUUGCCGAAGAAGAAAUUAAGACUAAAUCACUAGAAAUUGAGAAAUAUACAACAAAGUGCAAACUUCUGGAAAAUGAAAUCGAGAAAUUUCAAAGAGGAAUUUUUAACAUCGACGAAAGUAGAACCUCCAAACUACUCGUCCUCGAAAAGAACUUGGAAUCAACCUUUCAAAAACUGUUAGUUUCAGAGAAACAGAAUAUUCAGUUAGUAUCAGAAAAGGACGCCAUUAAAAAUGACUUGGAACAAAUGGCGAGUCACUACGAGAGAACACUGAAAACUAAGGAAAUCGAAAAGAUCACACUCCAAAACAAGAUAAAACAGCUACAAUUGAAUCUGGACGACAGUAAUGGUAACUUGGUGCACUUGACGGAAAAACUAAUAAAUGUCAACAACCGACUAGACGUAAUGGAAAAGGAAUAUUCAGUACAAAGGGAGAAUUAUGAAUCGUCCACGAAACAGUACUAUGAAAAUAGAAUAGUAGAAAUAAACAAUAAUUAUACGAGUAAAAUAAGACAACUUCAGGAUGAGGUAGAUUCUAAAACUGAAAUAAAUAGAAAAUGGAUUACAGAGACGAGGAUUAUCAAAGACAAUUUGGAGAAGCUAAUAGCCGAUUUAAAAGUUGAGAUUCAGAAACUGAAAAGGGAAAACAAGAAAUUGAGGGAAAAAUUGUUAGAGUCCCAUAACAAAAUUGAACAAUACAAAACAUUUAUGGAUUUAAUUUCUAAAGAUGUGAAUAAGAUUAGUAGUAUAGCCAUGGAGAGUGGUAAUGUUAUUUAGUAUAUUAAAAACCUUUUGAUAAUAGUGGCAUCGCGUAAUUAUUUAUCUUAAAAAAUGCUGUGAUUUAUGUUUUCUUUGUUAUAAGGACAGAUCAGCAUGUAAGGUAAUAU